CGGACCAACAACCUGGCAGAUUAUUAUUGGAUUUUUUUUAAUGAUUAAAUCAGCAGUAAAUAAUAUAGACAGUUUUUCUGACCAUUUAAAUCCUCUCGAUGAUUCAAUCGCCAACACACGCCAAACAUACAGCGUCACUAGGAUAUGACGUUUGAACCAGGAAGGAAGCCCAGACAUAUAGAAGGUGUUGAAAAGGCCGGUCGUUUUAUUUCCAGUCAGAUGUAAAGGUGUGUUUGCGGGUAGAGCCGCAGUGUACUGGGUUGAAACGGAAGCCUAGAUGAUUUUACCGUUGUUCCUGCCCCUCGCCUGGGCGCUCUCUGUAAACGGGGAAUUUGGGGCAUUUUUCCAGUUGGGCAGUAUUUCAAAUGUGUCCAGAUAUUACUGGAAUUAUGUCUACUGUAACAUCUGGGAAGGAGAGUGCCAUCCGCACCAGGAUGACUCAAGCUUGCAGGUUCCUACGGAAGAUUCCUGGUCCAUGUUUUCAGAGGAUUACAUGCAGCUUCUUUCAAACUGGUACUGUAGCCUGGGGCAGUGCUGCGAGACCGGGGACUGCAGGAUAAUUAACAAUAUUACAGGGCUGGAAAAGGACUUGGAGCAGAAGCUUCACGGUCAGCACCUAGCCCAGGCCGUGGUAGUGAGGGCAAUCCGAGGCUUUCUGAAGAACCCCUCCCCUGAGAAGGCCCUGACGCUGUCCUUCCAUGGCUGGUCCGGAACCGGGAAGAACUUUGUGUCUCGGAUGAUCUCGGACAAUCUGUACCGAGACGGCAUGAAGAGCCAGUGUGUGCGUCUCUUCAUCUCCCCCUUCCACUUCCCUCACGCCAAGCUGGUGGAUGUGUACCAGGGCCAGCUAAAGGACUGGAUCAGUGGGACAGUGCAGCACUGCCCCCAGGCCCUGUUCAUCUUCGACGAGGCUGAGAAGCUGCACCCGGGGCUCAUCGACACAAUCAAACCCUACAUGGACUACUACCAAGACCUGGACGGUAUCAGCUACAGGAGAGCCAUCUUCAUAUUCCUAAGUAACAUUGGAGGGGCUGCCAUCAAUGAGGUGACCCUGGACUUCUGGCACUCCGGACAGAACCGAGAGGACGUGGACAUGGAGGAUCUGGAGCCAAGGCUGCGCACUGAAGCUCUUCAAUCACAAGGAGGGUUCUCUCAAAGCCAGCACUUGACAGGGAACCUGAUUGAUUUCUUUGUGCCCUUCCUGCCCCUGGAGUACCGCCAUGUGAAACUGUGCGCUCGCGAUGCCUUCCGCUCCAGGGGCCUCUCUUACUCUGAGGAGAUCCUGGACGAGGUGGCCCGAGGCAUGCUGUACGUCCCCAAGGAGGAGAAGCUCUUCUCAGCACAGGGCUGCAAGUCUGUCCCCCAGAGAAUCAACUUCUUCCUUCCCUGAGAGCUGGAUCAGGACUGAGGCAGCAGCACUCCGCGGCCUCGAGAGAGAGCUGGGCUCGCUGGGGAGUUCCUCUCUGUAGGGCUCCAAGAGAGAGGGGCUGACUGGGUGUCCCUCUCUCUGUAGGGGCAACAAGAGAGAGGGGCUGGCUAGGCGUCACUCUCUCUGUAGGGGCUCCAAGAGAGGGGCUGGCUGGGCGUCCCUCUCUCUGUAGGGGCUCCAAGAGAGGGGCUGGCUAGGCGUCACUCUCUCUGUAGGGGCUCCAAGAGAGGGGCUGGCUAGGCGUCCCUCUCUCUGUAGAGGCUCCAAGAGAGGGGCUGGCUAGGCGUCACUCUCUCUGUAGGGGCUACAAGAGAGAGGGGCUGGCUGGGCGUCCCUCUCUCUGUAGGGGCUCCAAGAGAGGGGCUGGCUGGGCAUUACUCUCUCUAUAGAGGCUCAGCAGCCACAGCGGUGCAAGGCCCUGACCAGUCAGCACUCUGGCUUAUCAGAGCUAAAUUUUUAUUUUUUUAUUCACAUGACAUUCAUUUUAACUCCUGGCAGCUGAUUGCAGAUUGUAAAGAAUGCUACACAAUGCAACAUUUUCACUGCUAGAAAGGAUUUUAAGUUUUGGGGUAAAUGCACCAUGGUAAUCCCUUCCUUUGUGUGAGAGCGUGUUGGGCCUUGUAAGUAAAGUAGAGGGACAAUAAUGCUUGAGGAGUGUGUGUGUGUGUGUGUGUAUGGGGGGGGGGGAGGCCCCGAUAGUAGUCAAGUCCAGUCCUGGAAAUUGGCCUGUUUUUAAAAAUGUUUGAUUUAUUUAUAGAUCAGAUUUUCCAUAUUUUAAAAUGUUCUUCAGUUCAGUUGUUAGAGAAGUGGUACAUUCUUCUAAAGGUAUAGAGCAAUCUGAAUUCAUCUCUAUUAUAUCUCUAUUAUACAGUCCCUUUACUGGAAUAAUGAACCUAAUACAGAAUUAUUAGCCUGCACAAGUUUGAGCUCUUCUGUUGCAGUUUCUGUAUUUUUCCUUAGUAAUCACAUGUCUUUUUUUAAUUGGUCUGGUUAUUACAAAAAACAAAAUCUGGUCAAAAAUGGGAAGCAGUUCAAAGGUUCAUACUAGUUACCUGUGUUACUACUGCUGACUUCAUGCUUAUGUUUACUUUGGCAAAUGUUUUUUAGAUUGUCAUUUGUUUGAUGGUUGAUUUUUCAGGUGAGUAAUACUGUGCAGCUAAACAUGACGAGGUCAGACCUGUGUGUGUGUGUGUGUGUGUGUGUGUGUGUGUGUAUAUAUAUAUAUAUAUAUA